AUGGAUGGCCUCGUGUACCCACUUGUCUGGGCCUGUUUACGCUUUUCCCAUUCGGCCCGAUUAAGGAGCAACCGUCCAGGUCGGCCUGCGGAGCAGCGGCCCGGUUACGGUUGGGACCUCUCACCGGUGAUCGGCAUCGUCGCCGUCUUCGUCACGUCCGGCGCAAUCUGCCGCUACCGUAUGUUUCUCGUGCUCUGUAGCAUGCCAGUAUGGCUGAGCUUUCCCGAUGGCAGCAUAGCUACCAUUAUAUAUGAAGAUGAUGUCCGCAUACCACACAAUGCUAGUUACAAAAAUAAGGUUUAA